AUGCAGUUGUUUGCCGAAGCAUGCACGGAGGAACGGACUGUCCACAACUCGUUAUCGGAGCCGUCAUUGUUCCAGUUUACUCGCGAUCAAUUCUCGGACAUUAAAACUGUCGCUGCGGAUGAUAUGUACCCGGAUCAUUCUUCUCGCCCUCCUGCAGUUGUAACCUUCCAGGAUCCACCAUAUCAAACGACACAUCCGGAAGCCGAUCCGAUUCACAUUUUGAAUGUCGCUCUACGACAUUCGGAUGAAUGGAGUGACACGUGUUUCUCACCCGAGACCACUUUUUCCGAUGGCCUAAAGCGUGGUUCCGAGGCAAGUUUAAAGUCUGCUUCACGCCCAUGCGCUGAGGGUGCUGCCUCUCGCACAUUGAGCGAAUCGGACGAUGUUGCUCAGUUGGAGCAGUUUUGCAGCCGGCAUGCUGAUCAGCUUCGAGCCGCUGGUAUCAGACGAAUUACAUUUCUCAUCGUGAAAACUCGGGAAUUUCCCAAAUGCUACACCUUCCGUGCAAAAGACCACUAUCUCGAAGAUCGUGUCUAUCGGCAUUUGGAGCCCGCUUUGGCGUUCCAACUGGAGUUGAACCGGAUGCGCAACUACGAAUUGGAGCAUGUGCCCACCAUCAACCGCCGUAUGCAUUUGUACUUGGCGAAAAGCAAGCUCCCAAUCGGAAAAAAUUUGGUCGACCACCGGUUCUUUGUACGAUGCAUCAUACGCCACGCAGAUCUACUAUCGUGUGAAGCGUCGUUUGAGUUUCUACAAUCCGAAGCCGAGCGCACUCUGCUGGAGGCGAUGGAUGCUUUGGAGUUGGCCUACACGCAUCCGGGUGCGUCGCAUGUGAUGGGUAACCACAUCUUUCUCAACUUUGCUCCCAUCCUGGUGCUGGAGGACCUCAACCACUUGAAAUCGACUAUACGCCGGACGGUGCUACGCUACGCACGCCGCUUCAUUCGCCUACGUGUCACCCAGGCCGAAUUGAAACUUCGUAUUCGUUUUCACGCCUCGGAUCCCAUUGUGCCGAUACGAGUCGCAUUGUUCGAUGAGCAAGGAUACAAUCUGGGUCUGGAUGUGUAUCGGGAAGUGUUGCAUCCUUCGACUGGUGAGCUGCUUCUUUGGUCAUUCGGGCUACCUCACGGUUCACUUCAUGGGUUGCCUGCUGAACUGCCACACAAGACUAAGGACUUUCUAGAGCUGAAACGUUUUCAGGCACGCAAAUUCAACACCACCUACGUUUACGACUAUCCUCAAGUGAUACGUCAAGCUUUACUCGGUUUAUGGCACAUGUAUAGACCAAAUUCCAGAUGUGUUUCCACCGACACUCCCAUUGCGUCCUCCGACAAUAAUGCCGAUUCUUCUGCACGGUCUCAAAGAGAAGUCAAAGACACGUCUUCGGCCAGUCCUAGCGGCCAGGAUCUUAUUGUAUCUUGUACUGAAUUGAUGCUAGAUGCAGGCGGACACUUACGUCCAACGGUUCGACCUCCAGGUUCCAAUUCUAUUGGCAUGAUCGUCUGGCACAUGGUCGUCCGCACUCCGGAUACCCCAUCCGGACGAGCGAUCGUAGUCAUUGCAAACGACGCCACUCAUAUGGCUGGCUCAUUCGGACCUGCAGAAGAUCUAACCUUCUAUCGUGCAAGUCAAUUGGCCCGCCGACUCGGCAUUCCUCGGAUCUAUCUGGCAUCCAACACCGGAGCUCGAAUUCGCGUCGCCGAGGAAGUGAAACAAGUGUUUCGGGUUGCCUGGCUGGAUGCAUUGCAUCCGGAAAAGGGAUAUGACUACCUGUAUCUCACUCCGGACGACUUUGUGCUCCUCCGAGCACAAGAAGCAGUGAAUUGCCAACGAAUAGAGGUCGAUCACGAAGUCAGGUACCGAAUCUUGGAUAUUGUUGGUAAGAACAUUUCUUUUUCGGUCUCUCAAUUUAAUGCUGAGGCAUUCUAUCGCUGGUUGCCCACAGAUGCGUCUUUCUCCUGCUCCCCAUCAUUACCGUCGUCAUCCUUGUAG